AUGCGGCCGGUCUUCAACGCGUACAAGCGGCUGAGACAGGAAGGCUACCAGUUCCCUCGGUCGUCCACCGGCGUGGCCGCCAAUCUCUGUCUCGUGAACGGUGCGGAGAACAGCCCGGCCUACCUUGCCGGCGCCACGCCGUCCGCCGGCACACCGGCGCCGACCAUCGCACCGGCUCCGCAGCCACCGGCGCGACCCUCGGCAGAGGCGGAAGACGAGGAGAUCGCCCGAAUGAUUGGCGCUCGCGCUGAUGCCUCGGAGCGGGUGGAGCAGCUGGUGCAGGCACUGGAGCAGGGCCGGGACUUCGACCCACAGGAGCUGGAUGAGCUCAUCACCUUGGUGGAGGACAUCUCGGAGGUUCUUCGCGCCAUGGGCGUCGAGGACGAGGACGGACGGCCAAAGGCGCCGCCUCCUUCGUCCGUUCCUCCGGGAGCCAUUGGCGUCCGGAAUGUCCCAGCUGCCCGUGUCAUCAGCGAGUCGCCUGAAGGGCUCCUCAUCGACGACACAGGUGGAGCUUCCCAGUUCGAGCCGGAGGAGUCUUCAGAUCGGUCUCCCAGCCGUCCCUCCGCGUCUCCCGAGGAUCUCGGAGACCCGCUCUACGACGCUCCCGGAAGCGCGGUUAGAUCUGCGAAUCUGGAGUCUUAA